UGUGCGUACGUGUCGUUCGGUGAUGGUGCGGUUACGUUGAGCGAGCGAGCGUUUCGCUUACGCUGGGUGCGCAACGCCACGGCGUCGUCGCUGGAGGGUCGAGCGGGUGCGGGCGAGGCGGAGGAGCCUGCGCCCGCGCCCGACGCGGAGGCGCCGACGCGACGCCGCCGCCACCGCCCGCUCUACCGUCGCCUCUUCCAAUAUGUCCGCACCGCGUGGACGGGCGUCAAGUUCGCUCUAGACUCCGAAUUUGAGGACCUUGGCGAGCAAUUACCACGGUACCGGCCCGACUCGAUCGCAGCUCUUCGAAGACAAACGAGAUUCACAGAACCCGAACUAAAGCGACUGUAUCGAGGCUUCAAAGCCGAAUGUCCCACAGGCGUCGUUCGGGAAGACACUUUCAAACUCAUUUAUUCACAGUUCUUCCCCCAAGGAGCCAACACUGCGCAAUAUGCCCACUACGUUUUUAACACACUGGAUCAAGACAGAAGCGGCUUACUGAGUUUUGAAGAAUUCGUGACUGGCUUAUCUGUUUUAUCCAGAGGGACGAUAGAAGAAAAACUACGCUGGACAUUCUCAUUAUACGAUAUAAAUGGGGAUGGAUACAUAACAAAAGAGGAAAUGACUGAAAUAGUCACAGCUAUAUAUGACCUUAUGGGGAAAAUCGUUGAACCAAUGAUAGACGAUGAUGCUAUUCGAGAAAAAGUUGAGAGACUAUUUCAAAAAAUGGACUUGAACCGUGAUGGUGUCCUGACCCUAGACGAAUUUUUGGAUUGCUGCCUGCGUGAUGAAGAUAUUAUUCGCUCAAUGGGCGUAUUUGACAGCAAUUUCUGACGCCCUGCAGUCCGGCGACCUCGCCGUCGCGCCUGUUAGACCUAAAAUUCUGAUUUAGAAAUUAUUUCUUCAUUCAAAUGAAAUACCUAUAUAAAUAACAAUAUCCCUUUAUUAAAAAUAUGUAUACGCAUCAAAGAUGUGCGCAUGCUGAAAAAAUUUUCACAAAACAAUUUUCACUAAUUUUUGUGAAGGUUUUAUAAAAUAAUAUUGCAAAUUCGGUUUACGAACUGAAUGAUAUCUGAUAAAAAAAAACUUGACCGCAAUAGACGAGUUUAUGUAUAUAUUGUGAACAUAACUAGUUAAGUAUUUAUUUAUAUUACAAAAAAAAUAAUCUUGAAAAGGUGUAAAAGAAGUUCACGAUAUUGAGUGUGAUUAGGUACAGUUUUAUGUAAUUAUGGACUUCAGGUCAUAUAGUAAUUUACAACAGUUAAUAAUGUGGAUCUUAACUCAUAAGCUAUAAUUGCCGAUUUAGAACGUUCAUUCAUUCAUAAUGAACUAUUAAUCUAACGAGACCCUUGGAUAAUAGAAUUACAUAAUGUAUAAAUUAUAAUGUUAAACGAUUCGAUGUUCUCGAUAGCUGAUUCCGUUUGAAAUUAUGUACCUAAUUAUAUAAUGUCUGGUAAUUUCCAUAGCAUUUUCAAUACAAUAAUUACAUAACUAACAUUGCUAAUGGGUAAAUUAAUGUUUUAACAUUCCUAAUGGUAUCGAAACUAAUCUAAUCGUUAUAUAUAAAAACAAUAUUUUUGUAUAUCAACACGUAGAUAUACUUAUUUUAACAAUUAAUCUUUUAUCGUAAUAAUUAAUAUUGUUCUCGUACUCUAGAAAAAAAUGAAAUUUAUUAAGUAAGUAUUUAACGUCUUAUCUAUGUGUAAGAAAAAAAAAACAAUAAUAUCAUGUCGUCAAAAUUUUCUAUUUAAAGCUUUUAAAGUUGGUGUGUCUACAUUUCUGCUCUAUGAAAUUCCUACUCAAUAUGAUGCCUCUCACACGCACAAUUUGUCCUAUCCUAGAGUAACAACAAAAAACAAUCUUAGGGUAUUUCAUAUUUUCAUUUCAUUUGAGAAAAAUUAAAAGCAUUUAAUAUAAUAGGCCGAUAAUCGAUACCGUAAUGAUUCUACUGAUUAUUUUUUUCUCUAUGGUAAAAGAUAAUUUUUCUAUAGGUAGGAGACUUUGUAAAAGAUACACAAGCUAGUAUUUUUCAAUUUCAGCCUAGUUAAAUCUU